AUGGUGCAACCCACCCGCCCGCCCGCCAACGAGCUCGUCCGCCGCCUGCGGCUCGUCUACAACCUCGCUGGCUUCUCCAAGGGCUACAACUUCGCCUUAUGGGUCGUCCUCGGCGGUACGCUGCUGGGCUUUACUCUCGCUCGGCUGCCGUACCUCGACUUCUACGGCAUCUUCUGUCGGCGCGACGCCGACCCCAGCGCAACGCUCAACGCCGCGCCUGGCGAGUGCUUCUACCUGCUCCAGGCGCCGAAUAACAUCGGCAUGAUCCUCCACCUCGGCUCCAUCCUGCCUACCGCUCUGCUGGCUGUGUUCCAGUUCGUGCCGGCGAUCCGCCACCGCGCUCUGCUGGUGCAUCGGGUAAACGGGUACAUAGUUGUGUUGCUGUCGGUCGUGAGUGUCGCGGGUGCGCUGAUGAUUGCCCGGCAUUCAUUCGGGGGUGGCCUGGAUGUGCAGUCCUCCAUCGGGUUCUUGGCCAUCAUCUUUCUGGGUGCGAACUUCAUGGCGUAUGUCAAUAUCAAGAGGCUGCAGGUCGAGGAGCAUCGGGCCUGGAUGAUGAGAGCAUGGGUCUAUGCUGGGUCCGUCAUUACGACUCGCUUCAUCCUGUUUUCCGGUGCAGCGGCGAUUACCCGUAUUGGUGGCUUCUUCUUGUCCUUGCCUUGCGCGAAGGUGGCCUGGCUACUUGGGAACCAGGAGAACACGCUCUCAGUUUAUCCCGAUUGCGGUGCUUACUUCGACGGAAGCGAUGCUCACAAGAAUAUCGCGGUACUGGGGUCGAUACAUGGCAACCUAGCUGAGAGGGCGUCAGCUUUGGACAUGACGUUUGGGACGGCACAUUGGCUUGCGCUUCUCGUUCACGUUAUGGCUGUCGAGAUAUAUCUUCACCUCACACCUGCUGAGCACGAACGUCUACGAGGGGUGUCAUACCAAAGGCAGUUGGAAGCCGGUAUGAGGAAUCCCGGGCGCGCUGGUUGGACUGCGCAUCGGCUUAGUGAUGUUGGGAAGGAACCGAAGGCUGACAGAGCUUACUCUUCAACGAAAGAAGACGACAUGUCUUCUCAGCUAGGACACGAAUGA